CUUGUAUGUUUUUUUAUUUUAUUUUAUUAAAUAAGGACAGUUUGUUUAUAAAAAGCAAUGACAAAGACACAGGUUUCGGGUUUAUCGUUUGUAGGAACAUUGUAAUGUGUAAAAUAAAACCCUAAGCCUGUCGUGUAGUUCUCAGUAAAUCUACACAUUAAGUUGUUGAUAUUCCGUUGGAAAUAACUGAUAGCCUGCACAGCACGACUACGGCUGCUAUAACUACAGAAACAUGGCUGAUGUGCACUGCGUGGAGCCGAGCGGCACUGGUACCAUAGAACAGGCGGACCCGCGGGAGAUCCGCACUCCCGUCCGCCUCGCUUCUUCCCCGAAGCUGAUGAUAGCGACCCGCAGCGGCACUACGAGCCCCGGAGUCUCGGCGAGGUCGGGGAUCGGCUUCCCUUUUAGGAGCAACCCGACCUCUCCCUCGGACCACUCAGAGAAACCGGGGUCCAAAUGGGUGCGCCUGAACGUCGGAGGGACAUACUUUGUGACCACCAAGCAGACCCUUUGCAGGGAGCCCAAAUCAUUUCUUUACCGACUGUGCCAGGAGGACCCAGACCUCGACUCUGACAAGGAUGAGAUGGGUGCCUAUCUGAUUGACCGGGACCCCACCUACUUUGGACCAAUCCUGAACUACCUGCGACAUGGCAAACUGAUCAUCAACAAGGACCUAGCAGAGGAGGGGGUCCUGGAGGAAGCAGAGUUCUACAACAUCGCCUCACUCGUCCGGCUGGUAAAGGAGAGGAUACGAGACAACGAGAACAGGACGUCCCAGGGCCCUGUGAAGCAUGUGUACCGGGUGCUGCAGUGCCAGGAGGAAGAGCUUACUCAGAUGAUCUCCACCAUGUCAGAUGGGUGGAAGUUUGAGCAGCUGAUCAGUAUCGGCUCCUCCUAUAACUAUGGCAAUGAGGAUCAGGCAGAGUUCCUGUGUGUCGUUUCCAGGGAGCUCAACAACUCCUCCAACGGCAUCGUCAUCGAACCCAGCGAGAAGGCCAAGAUUCUUCAGGAGAGGGGCUCCAGGAUGUGAGGGCCGAUUUUUUCAGAAGCACUGGCCAAGAUGUCAACAUGUUCAACAUCUCCAAAACUCACAAGCUCUGUAAGAUUUCCAGAUCCGUGGCCGGGAAGACUUCAUCGGUGAUGCAACCGAUUCCCUGCUGGACUUUCCAAGCACCAUCUCUCUCUUUCUCUCUCUCUCUCUCUCUCUGUCUCCACUGGCAGUGUGGGAGCGUGGCUCUCUCCACUGGCAGUGUGGGAGCGUGGCUCUCACCACUGGCAGUGUGGGAGCGUGGCUCUCUCCACUGGCAGUGUGGGAGCGUGGCUCUCUCCACUGGCAGUGUGGGAGCGUGGCUCUCUCCACUGGCAGUGUGGGAGCGUGGCUCUCUCCACUGGCAGUGUGGG